AUGGAUAUGAACCAUUUAAUAGGUCAACGGUUCAACCUGAUCUCCAAAAGCGAUAUUCGCUAUGUCGGUACUUUACAUGAGAUCAACCCUGAAGCCUCGACAAUCGCCUUGCAGAAUGUGGUCUCUUUCGGAACCGAAGGCAGGCGAGGGAAACCUGCUGAAGAGAUCCCGCCUUCUAACAGCAUCUACGAAUACAUUGUGUUCCGCGGAAGCGAUGUGAAAGAUAUCAGUGUUGCAGAGGACAAGAAGGAGAAUGCACAGCCAGAGGCUCCUCGGAUGCCAGAUGACCCGGCUAUUCUAGGGAGUGCACCCCAACCCGGCCCGGGUCCUCAAAGCCUUCCGCAGCAGCCCCAACAACCGCCACAGCAGCCGCAUCAGCAACCGCCUCCAGGACGGGGCCCUCCCCCUCCCGGAUAUCCUCAGCAGCACCAAUUUCCGGGCUAUUACCCUCCCUACGGACCACGAUACCCUCAAUUCCCCCCGGGCCCUGGAUACCCUCCUAUGCCCUACGGCGCGCCUCCGGGCUGGUAUCCCCCUCCUGGUCAAGGCUUCCCGCAAGGGCCUGGUCAAUUCCCUCCUCAAAUUCCGAUCGGACCUCCGGGCCAGCACCACACCCCUCCCUCCCAACAAGCUGCUCCAAAUGCACCCCAGGCAACUUCCGAACUUCCGGUCGGUGACCGCCCUGUGAGCAGGCCUGCUGACCAGGCGACCGCUGCCCCACCUCCUGCACAGGCUGAGAGCGCCCCCACCCCGCCUGUUGAAUCGAAGCCGUCUGUCGCAGAAGCCAUCAAGGCAACAACCGCUCCAACUGAGAGAGCGCCUCCGACUGGACCCAGGGCAGGACGCGCACCGCCUGUCAUCCCGAUUGCCACUCCUACAAAGCCAAGCGGCCCUGCGGUAGUCAACGCCCCUCCGCUCGCUCCAUCCAACGCAAACAAUGUGACUCAAGGCACCGCUCAGGCUGCCAUCACAGAGGCGACUCGUGCGGCAACCGCUGCUGUUGCAGCGGCCAUGGCCAAGCUUCCCCAACCCAAUGGUCAGAAGAAACCCCAGCACACGGACGUCUCGGUGGAGGGUAUUUCCCGGCAGUUGGGCGAGAUGAAACCUUACGAAGGUGGCCGUGCUCCUCGCGGAGGUCAGCAAUCUCGUGGCCGUGGUGGUUACCGAGGUCACUAUCAACAAGCACAGAACAAGAAAGUUGAGGUUCCAGAUACCGAUUACGACUUUGAAACAGCCAACGCCAAGUUCAACAAGCAGGAUCUGGUCAAGGAGGCUAUUGCCACCGGCUCCCCGGUGCAGGAAGUAGAAAGCCCAGCUGAGGUCGCCAGCACUGCAGAGCUUCCUGCGACCACUCAGAAUGCCAAUGUAUACAACAGGACAACCUCAUUCUUCGACAACAUCUCAAGCGAGGCUCGCGAUCGCGAAGAAGGCACCGGUGCCCGAGGCGGAGGUCGAGAAUGGCGUGGUGAAGAGGAGAAGCGGAAUAUCGAGACGUUCGGCCAGGGUAGCGUUGACGGAUACCGCAGCAGUCACCGUGGGCGUGGAAGAGGCCGUGGCUUUGGUCGAGGCCGAGGCGGCUAUGGCCGUGGCUACGGAUCGCGAGGUCGCGGAGGACGCAACAUCUCGCAGUCUACUGGUGUCCCAACGCCGAACUAA